AUGGGGUUGGAGGAGGAGAGGGCAAAGUUGGAGCGCGCAGCGGACGAGUUGGAGCGGCGGAGCAGGUACCUAAGUGACCUCAUCCAGCAGCAGAGGAGGAGCAGGGGGGACGGCAGGGCGGGGGAGGGAAAGGAGAGGAUGGCUGCCGGAGAGGAGGUUCUGGUGGUGGUGAAGGAGCAGGGACCGACGGAGGAGAAGCAGCGGAAGAGGAUCGUCGACGGUGGUCGCGCAGGGAGCGUCGAUCCGAAGGAGCAGCAGCAUCCGAGUAAUAUUCGGGUUAGGGCCGCCGAUAUGCCCCUGGAGCUGCAGAGGCGCGCUUUCCGGUGCGCGCGGCAGGUGCUUGGGAGCAUGCCCAAGCUCGACAGCAAGCGCCUCGCUCUUACCCUGAAGAAGGUAAUCCCAUUCGGCCUCAAGCUUCUGCUCUGCCUUACUUAGUUGGCCAGUUCCCGUGAUCAACUUUGUCCUUGCUUCCAAUUGACUCGCCUCCCGUUGAAUCUGGAAUGGAUAAGUCACUGGGAGCUAGUUAAUGUUCGCGAUCAUGUGUUGUCUGGUAAAUGUUUUGAGGUCCUCCAUCACUGGGAGCCGAUUGUGUUGCCUAAUGAAUCUCUGGAGAAAUUUGACCUGGAAAAAAAAAGGAUUCAUGAGGUUUUUUAAUUUCUCCUCGUUGCCCAUGGAAAUUUUAAUUUUUUUUGAUCGAAUAUCCAAUUCAAUGUCCUCUUCUUGACAUCUCUGUAGCAUUUCGCUUCCAAAAAUUCAUUCACUUCUGUAAAAUGUUCAUCCUUCAAAAAAAAUUGUGCGAGGGAAAGAGGGGUGCUCUCAUUGUGGCUGAUGAACGUCAUCAGAUUCCAUCUGCUUGUAGGAUUGUCAUUGUGCCUUUGUUUUUUCUAUGGUUAUUGCCUAAUCGGUUUAUCCUUUAAACCUAUGAAAGUUUGAAGUUGUUAGUAUAUGUGGUAGGCUAUCGUUAGAGUUGAAAGCAUGAUUGAUGCAGAAAAAUAGGGUUCCCAUUUGGCCUUGUGUUAUCAAGAACCCACCCAUCUAACAGAAGGGAUUUAACUUAUUUUCUAAUAUUCCUGGCUCUUUCUAAGACGAUAACAUGGUUGACCUCAGUGUGUGAAUAAGCUGUGAUGUUGCUUGCUAUUCUUCCCACAGUAUCAAGUAGAGUUGAGACCGCACAUCCUAUGGGGAGAAUUUACCUUUGAUAUGUGCUUGAUGAACGCCAUUCUCAUAUAUUUCUGUGUUUUUAUCUGAUGGGCCUAUUUCAGGUUCUUUGUUUCACAUUUUUUUUUUGACUUGUACAGUUUAGAACAAAUAAGAGCGAUUGAAGACAUUUUAUUACCCUCUCUCUCUCUCUCUCUCUCUCUCUCUCUCUCUCUCUCUGUGUCUCCCCUACCAUCUCAUGGAGAUCCAUUGAGCAUUCAAUGGAUCUGAAUGAGAUGAGGGAGACUGAAUCUCAUGCGAUGAAUGUUUGGUCUAUUAUCCUUGGAAUCUUCAGUUUCAUGGUUUCAUGGAGCGCAUUCGCAUGCUUCCCCCCCCCUCCACAAUCACUAUCACUAUCACUAUCCACCAUCAGUUGACUUUAAGAUGGGAACUGUCUAGAAGGGAAGUACACCCAGUCUACCAGUUGAAAACCGUGAGUGAUGGAACUCUCUAGUCUUCUCUUCAGUUCUUCGCAGCAGAUGGAAAGAUGUGCAGAAUAAUAGUAAUCUUUGAAUUCUAGCCUGGUUUAUCCACCAGAUCGAUGACGAGGGGUGAAGCAUUCCCUGAAUUAUCCAUCCACCAAGAACACCCACCCCCUUCCUUCUUCUCCCUUCUCCCUUCUCCCCCACUGAUGCUUGGUCUUCCCUCUUUUGUUCCAGGAGUUUGAUUCCACCUACGGCCCCGCGUGGCACUGCAUCGUGGGCACAAGCUUCGGCUCCUACGUCACCCACUCGCUGGGCGGCUUCCUCUACUUCUCCGUCGAUAAGGUUCACAUCCUUCUCUUCAGGACCGCCGUGGAGCCAUUGGAGAAGUGA